AUGGGUGACUUCAACUUCCCCAGUAUCAAUUGGAACCUCCUUAUUGCAGAUGGUCUGGGUGGAGCCGAUUUUUGUCAGGUAUUGACAUGCCAUCUUGUAGUUGCUUCACUGGUUGGAGCUUUUGGCUCAGCAUUUUUGUACGGCUAUAACCUGUCAGUAGUAAAUGCACCAACAGUGUACGUUAAAGCCUUUUGCAAUGAAUCAUGGACCAGGCGAUUUGGAACAGCCAUUGAGACCAAAUCGCUGACACUUCUCUGGUCAAUAAUUGUUUCCAUUUGUGCCAUUGGUGGUCUGGUUGGUGCAUUUAUUGUCACCCCGUUUGUGAAACACUUGGGCAGGAAAGGCACACUUCUCUUAAAUAAUGGAUUCGCAAUCCUUGCUGCUUUAUUGAUGUCCUUAAGUGAAACUGCUGGCUUCUUCGAAAUGCUGAUUGUGGGGCGUUUUAUUAUUGGAGUGAAUGGAGGCAUUGCCCUCAGUGCCCUUCCUAUGUACUUGGGUGAAAUCUCACCGAAGCAAAUCCGUGGCUCCCUAGGGCAGAUCACAUCCAUUUUCAUCUGUGUUGGUGUCUUUGUUGGUCAGAUCUUGGGACUUCCAGAGAUACUUGGCAAGGAGUCAAGUUGGCCAUUAAUGUUUGGGCUUAAUGCAGUUCCAGCUGUGAUUCAACUUGCUGUUCUUCCCUUCCUUCCCGAAAGCCCUCGGUACUUGCUGUUUGAAAAGAAUGAUGUUUCUCAAGCCAAGAAAGCAUUUCAAAUCUUUAGUGGGAAGGAAGAUGUCAUGAAGGAACUGGAGGAAGUCCAGGCAGAAAGGACAGCCCAAAAACACAUUCAGUUGUUAUCAGUGUUGGACUUACUGAAAAAGCAGUCUGUACGCUGGCAAGUCAUCACAGUCAUUGUCAUUAUGACCUGCUACCAGCUCUGUGGUCUGAAUGCUAUCUGGUUCUACACAAGCAGCAUCUUCAAAGAGUCUGGCAUCAGUGAGGAUCAGAUCCCCUACAUCACUCUCAGCACCGGUGCUAUUGAGAUCACUGCUGCAAUUAUUUCUUGCUUGACCAUUGAACGACUUGGACGACGAUCUCUUCUCAUUGGUGGAUUUAGUUUGAUGUCAUUUUUCUUUGGGUUGCUUACGAUUUCACUCAAUCUGCAGAACAAAGUAUCCUGGAUGCCUUAUGUGAGUCUAAUCUGCAUUCUUGCUGUAAUAGCAUCAUUCUGCAUUGGUCCAGGAGGGAUUCCUUUUGUCCUUACUGGCGAGAUGUUUGAUCAGUCCAGUCGAUCUGCUGCAUUCAUGGUUGGUGGCACAGUGCUCUGGAUUUCCAACUUUUUUGUCGGACUUCUUUUUCCUGUUAUCCAGGGUAACUUAGGAUCAUUCUGUUUCCUACUAUUUGCUGCAGUUUGUUUACUAGGGUCAAUAUAUCUCUGCAUCGUCUUACCUGAAACCAAAAAUAAAACUUUUGCACAAAUAUAUCAAUCAUUUGUAAAAAUGAACAAGAUAUCGGACCAAGAAAUUGAGUGGACUCCAUCAAUGGAGAAUGAAGUGAUGAUUCCUUUAGAUGAUGUGGUGAAGAACAAAUCAAACAAUGCCUCUGACAAUAAUGAAUAUAUUUAA